AUGGCGGCCACGGAGGCGGCGGCGGCUGAGUCUGCGGGUCCGGCCCCGGGUGUCCCGGUCACGCCGGCGAGCACGCGGGGAGCCGCCGCCGCCUCAAGCCCGUGGAGGCCGUCGGAGUCGCGACUGCAAGGCAGUCGACCGCGACUGGCCAGGGCUCGGGCCGCGGCCCCGGUGCCACCGGCCCGGGAGCUGAUCCAGCCGUCUGUGAGCGAGCUGUCCCGGGCUGUGCGCACCAAUAUUCUGUGCACUGUGCGCGGCUGCGGCAAGAUCCUGCCCAACAGUCCUGCGCUCAACAUGCACCUAGUCAAGAGCCACCGACUGCAGGAUGGCAUAGUAAAUCCAACAAUAAGAAAAGAUUUGAAAACUGUACCGAAAUUCUACUGUUGUCCAAUCAAAGGAUGCCCUCGAGGCCCUGACAGACCAUUUUCUCAGUUUUCUCUGGUUAAACAGCACUUUAUGAAAAUGCAUGCGGAGAAGAAGCACAAGUGCAGUAAGUGCAGUAACUCCUAUGGCACCGAGUGGGACCUGAGAAGACACGAGGAAGAUUGUGGCAAGACCUUCCAGUGUACGUGUGGCUGUCCCUAUGCCAGCAGAACCGCACUGCAGUCUCACAUCUACCGGACUGGCCACGAGAUCCCUGCAGAACACAGAGACCCACCUAGUAAAAAAAGGAAGAUAGAAAGCCAAACGCUGUCCACUAAAACCAUUGGACCACUGGGUGACCAACCAGCCCCUCGCCAAGAUGCCCAUGAGCCACGUGCUUCGGAAGUGAAGCUAGCAGCCUCCCUUGAAGACUCUUGUAGCUCCCACACCAAAAAGCAGAGCUUCCCAACGCCUCCUAGGUGCCCCCAGAAGCUGCUUCUACCAAAGCCCAAGGUGGCUCUGGUUAAACUCCCAGUCAUGCAGUUUUCCCCUGUGCCUGUCUUUGUGCCUACAGCGGACUCCUCGGCCCAGCCCGUGGUGUUAGGUGUGGAUCACAGUUCUGCAGCGGGUGCUGUGCACUUAGUACCCUUGUCAGUAGGAACCUUGAUCCUCAGCCUGGAUUCAGAGGCCUGCUCUCUGAAGGAGAGCCUACCUCUCUCAAAAAUUAUCAGUCCUGUUGUCGAGCCAAUGAAUACAGGUGUUCAGGUGAACUUGGGCAAAAGUCUGUGUCGUCCUUUGCAAGAGGGCGGGAGUGUGUGUCAGAAGAACAGCAUUUCCUCAGCCAACGUGCAGACAGAUCUGUCAUAUGCCUCAGCCAACUUGAUACCCUCUGCUCAGUGGCUUGGCCCCGACUCCUCUGUGUCAUCGUGUUCUCAGACUGACCUGUCCUUUGAUUCUCAAGUGUCCCUUCCUGUUAGUGUCCACACCCAGACGUUGGUGCCCAGCUCUAAGGUCACUUCAUCCAUAGCUGCCCAGACAGAUGCGUUUCUAGACGCCUGUUUCCAGCCCAGUGGGGUCUCCAGAGAAACCCAAACCUGUAGGAUACAAAACCGCACAGAUGACCCAGUGCCGGUAGGCCACCCUGGGCUGUGUGGGGACAUUUUUGAAGGCGUCCAUUCGUCAUAUGGUGUGCCCAGCGACAACAUCAUGAGUAGCAGUUUAGUUGCAGAGACAGUAACUCACAGUCUGGUACCUCAGAGUGACCCCAAGAUCCUAAGCCAAGUCAUGGAAAAGUCUGCGCCCGUGUUAAACUUCAGUGCCCAGAACAGCAUGCUUCCUUCACAAAACAUGACCGAUAACCAGACCCAAACCAUAGAUCUACUGAGUGACCUAGAAAACAUCUUGUCCAGUAAUCUGCCAGGCCAAACGCUGGAUAACCGGAGUCUCUUGUCUGACACAAACCCCGGGCCUGACGCCCAGCUCCCAUCAGGUUCAGCGCAGAACUCCGGGAUUGAUUUUGAUAUUGAAGAGUUCCUCUCAGCCUCAAAUAUCCAGACUCAGACUGAGGAGAGUGAACUCAGCUCCAUGAGCACUGAGCCCGUCUUGGAGUCCCUGGACAUCGAGACACAGACUGACCUCUUCCUGUCCGAUCCCUGCACACAGCCCUAUGGGCUCAGGGCAGGUUCGGGUUUCCUGGGCCUCGAGAUGUUUGACACACAGACCCAGACAGACUUGAACUUCUUCCUGGACAGCAGUCCUCACCUGCCCCUGGGCAGCAUCCUGAGACACUCUAGCUUCUCCAUGAGCACCGACUCCUCUGACACAGAAACCCAAACGGAAGGGGCCUCCCCAGCUCGACAUGCACCCACGCUGGAGAGCAAGGUCCAGCUGAGCAGCACAGAAACACAGACCAUGAGUUCUGGCUUCGAGCCCCUGGGGAACUUGUUCCUCACCAGCAACGAGACUCAGACAGCAAUGGAUGACUUCCUUCUAGCUGAUUUGGCCUGGAAUACGAUGGAGUCCCAGUUCAGUUCUGUGGAAACCCAGACAUGCGCAGAGCUGCAUGCUGUCUCCAGCUUCUGAAAGUGCAACCAGGCACCCCACUCCUUGUGGGCUUAGAACAUGGGGACAGGGACAGCGGCAUGGACUGGGGUGCAGUCAGUGGGGCAGCUGUUUGGGUUCUCUGCAGUUCUUGGUGUUUUGUACUCGUGAACACAAGAUUGGUGUGCAAAUGUGAGUGUAUUAUAAAGUGUAAAGUGUUGCUCUUAAGUGUCGCCUGCGUCUGCUCCUGUGUAGCCAUUCUAUUUUACACUGUAAAACUUAGACCUGUCUAGUUAAAGCCUAGCUUACCAGGCAGUAGGGUGCAAGCUUUGCAACUGCUUUAACUGAGGAACGGCACACUUAAAUGGCACCUCAAACGCUCAGACAACGCUUGUGUGGCUGCUGACUCCUGAGAUGCCACCACCUUGCCUUGUCACGUCCCUCUGACUUGGAAGCACCAGGGGAAGCCAUAGCUGUCUUUAGCUUUUAUGACAGUUUUUAGUCUCUGCUGUCUCUUCUCUCCCAAGCUGUGACUGCUGGCAGCUUUGUGUGCCAUCCUUCUCUCUGUGAGGUGACCGGCCAUUGUGGGAACAGCGAGCACUUAGUGUAAAUAACAGUUUAGUAAGAGGAAGGCAUCCAGCCUGUGGAGAUGUGCACUGUGGAAACCCAUCGUCUUUUUUUUUGUUGUUGUUUUUUAUCUUGGGCUGAUCCUGCUUCAUGGAAAAGCUUUUCUCUUCUCUCUUGAUAGUGUUGAUCAAAAAGAUCUCUGUGACCAAAUCUGUGGGAUUGCCACGUGACAGACAGUAGCCAGCUGUAAUUACACAGGGGCUAGAUGGUAGUUACUGGUUGACCCCAGAGCUUCUAGCUCUCUAUAAAUUGGGGUUCCUGUGACUCCCCACUCUUUGUGCUCGGUUGAUUUGCUAGAACUCAGGGAUACCGUUUCUGUGAAGGGUUAGACUGGGUAGAAAGGGGGCAGAGUACGUCCAUGGCUUCUCUAGGCACAACACCAACCACGUCUGUGUGGUUCCUUGCAGAAACCUUCCAAACCCAGUCUUGCAGGGUUAAUGGCUCCUUCGUUGUGUGGGUAGAGAGUUAACUUAAACCAUUAGUGAUCAACUUAACCUUGAGUGUUACCCUUCCCAGUUGCGUUGGGGGGUAGGGAUGAAGCUGUAAAUAUCCCAACCUUUCAGUCAUUAGUUAUGCCUUGGUCUCCCCUGUGACUUGUCCCCAUCCUAAUAUUACCCGGAAGCUAGCAGCUACCAAUGACCUCAUAGCAAGCAAAAGCAAAAUAUGUUUCCGAAUGCUUCGGGUUUGGGGGAAGUUAUGUGCAAAUACACACUUUACAUCACCACCCCACAAACAUCCUUCCUGCUCCACAGGAGACCGUGGGCCUACCCGACUGUAAUGUACUCAGAGACCCUCUAAGGAUUAAAAAGGAAAAUGUGGGAUGAGGAAAAGACAUUUCUGCCCAGCCCCCUGUCAGUAUGCUGCACUUCGAACCUUGAUAGGAGGAGCAGGGCCCUCAGAGUCUUUCCUUCCAUCCACCCCCAUCUUUUCCUUCGCUCAGGCAAACAGAUGAUGUGUACCUUGAGACUAGCAACUGUAGAAUAGAUCCAUCAGUAGUAUGCUAACCUAGAGCCUGUUAGGAUACAUUCUUUAAAGAGGAAAAAGUCUGGAGACUAACUGCUCCAAUAGAUAAAACACUCUCAUUCUGAGUGGAGAGUGAGGUCUAGCAUGCCUUGGGGGGCUCUCUGUGCUAAGUAGAUCAUGGAUUCAUAGCUGUUGCCCAACUCAGAGGCAAAUCAGAAUGAGCACAGCCUGGGGACCCUUUCAGUCUAGCUUGGAAAUCCCUGUUCUUUCUGUAGCAUAGGUUUGUGCUGCCACAAGCUGAACCUUCAAAAUAAAACCUAAGGGGGCUGGUGAUGACUCAUUAAAUAAAUUGGUAUUGCUGCCGUCCUGUCCCAUUCACCCGAUGCAAAGGACUUGGUAAUGGGCUAAUAACACACCCGGCAGAGGAGUGCAACCCAGGAGCUAAACCGUGGUUUUGGUCACAGUCGUCUGUGAAUGUGAGUUUCAGAAGAGACAUAAAGCCUUAACUUAGAUUUUCUGUUGUGUUGGAAUUGUCGCUGCCUUAACGCUCAAGCCCUGUUUAAGCCCUCCGGCCCCGGGAGAGCUGCAUGUGUGCUCGUGGUUCUUUGUAAAUAGAAGUGCAGUGAUCUAUGGCUUUAAGUUUUUGUGUCUGUGGCAAUGUGUCUUUAUAUAUAGUUACAGGAAAAAGAAUGGAGCAUGUAAUUGUCCUUCAUGUGCAAGAACUGUUCCCACCAAACCUUAGUUACCUGAACUCCCCUAAGGUUGUAAACAUAAAUUCAGUGAUUAAAGAGAAUUCUACACCUUU